ACCAAUAUGUUAAACUUUUAAAUACAAACAAAUCAGGCUUCGUUUGUCGGAAUAAAAUUCGCUUAAAAUACUGAUACUAUUAAAAACUGAUCGUGGUUGAAAUGGAUCGGUGUCCAGAUUACUUGAUGAAACAUCCGCAUAAAUAUGCAGGAAUUUAUAGAAGUCCGGACAAAAUUAAGAACUUCAAAAUAAAACUAACAUUGUGGAAGAUAACGGAUAAGCCAAAAAAAUCCGCGGAGAAGCUAGAGGAGAAGGUAUUUUCCUGGCAAGAGAAAUGCUUCAGCAGGCAUCACCACCAGUUCUAUCGGGACGAAAGAAAUUGUGUUACAGAUUUGGAUAAACGAUACUUUAAAAUAUUAAAUGAGAUGAAUGAAAGUAACGAUAACUCCUUAUUUUCUUACGUUAACGAAGAUCGUUAUGAUAUACCAAACGACAGGACAAUCAAGACAAAUAAUUAUUUAAAAAAUAUAUUGGAUGGUUCUGGUAAGUUCAAUGACAGUUUGCGUGAGGAAGAAUAUGAUUUCCAUUCGCAUCUGUUGGAGUCAAUGCAAUACCCGGUAAUCAUCAGUGAUUUGGAAAGGAUGUUUUUAAUGGUCGAUUUGGGUGAAUCUUUAGGCAAUACUUGGAUUCCAAAUGAGGUGCUUUUAUGCGCAAUUAAGUACAACAAAAGGACAAAAUGUCUUACGGUCGAUCCCGAUUUUACCACUACAAUGCCUUACCGUUCCGAGAUCCCUGCGCCAGAAGAUAUAAAGUACUGUUUUUUUGUUGAAAAUUAUUCGCAAGAUAUACCCGAAGCUGUCGAGUUAAAAGAAGACGCCAUGGUUAAAAAGAUUAGUAGCCUCAAAAUGUCGCUCCAGUAUGCAGACUUGGGCCGGUUCGAGUUGCCCCCUAAAAAUAAAUUGCUCGUUUAUCUUUUCUUCGACAUUAAUUCAGGACUCGGCUUCGAGUAUCCCGACUUAUUUGUCGAGUAUUUUAUAGAUUUGAGGGGAGAGUGGAAAUGUCAAAACACGAAAGAUUUGAGGGGCCGCACCCAGAUCUGUAGGUCGAAGGGUAAAGGGAGUACAGUGCACUUUGGGCAUUGCAUCGAACUGGUGCUCCACUGUAACAUUCAGGAAUUGGAAAGGGCGGAGACCCUGAACUCGCCAUAUAUAUACUUUGAGGUUAUCUCGAGGGACUCGUGGGAACGGCACCGGACUGAAGGGUUAUGCUAUCGAGGCAUCCCUUUAGGGACUGCUGGUGCUUUCACUUUCACGUUACACUGUAUUCGAUUUCUUCCUGAUAACAUUCUCGGGCGGCUCAGGAGAUCUUUCAUUGGCGACUACAAAAAUUAUAACGACUUGACGUGGAUCGGAAUUCCGCAACAAUUCCAGGGUAAGGUUCUGAAUAAGUUUGGCACGAACACACUCACCACUGGCGAGUUAAAUGUGAGGCUAAGUGUCUUACAUCAGUCGCAAGCUUUUCUGGAAGGACUUGGUGACGAUUCGGGACUGAUUUUUAAUAAACUAAAGUCUUCGGGAUUGAUAAAAAGCGUCGACGAAGUACUGCAGGCGUUCAAACGAGCGAGGCGGCAGAUGAUGGAAGCCAGGAAGAAUUUGUAGGUUUAUAUCAAUAAUAAAACCCUUUGAAAAUAGUUUUAUAUAUGUUAAAAAAAUGUAUUUACCAGAAAAACUCAACUUUUUAUAAUUGCGUCUAUAACUAUUACAUAAAACAAAAUGGAUGUUUUUUUUUAAUAAUAGUAUAAAUACGGUUAUGCUCAUUCGUCUUUUCUCAACAAAACCAACAAAAUACUUGCUUAUUUCUACAUUAUAAUGCAGAAGGAUAACAACAUGGAUGCACGAUGUUACCAUAAAGCCAACAGCAUUCAAUCAAUGCCGAACAUGCACAGAAUAGAACGAGAAAACUUGUUUUUUCUCGGGUGGGCUAGACUGCUGUGGUUAAGCGCCCAUGUUCUGGUAUCUGCCAAGGAUUUUUCUUUUGGUUGCGUUCAUUCAUCUCUCCUUUCUUGAAGCUGCUACAUAGGCAAUUUGCUAGCACCAGUGGUAUUUUUUUGAGAAAUGUCAGAUAAACAUCAUUGUAGUAUCUGGGAUAGCACGUAAACCGGCCAAAGCAGCGGAUAACACCGUCCCAGAAUAAACACAUUUGGGGACGCAACUAACCAACGGUAACGAACUUGGCAACACCAUCAAUUCUUAUGACGCAAAUAUUCCCAAAUGCAAUGUAAUUUCUAUAGACAAACGUACCU